AUGAAGUUCGAAGAAAAUUUCUUGUUGUUCCAGGUACCUGAGUGGGGAUCCUACUACCUCCCUUACAGGAAGCUGAAGGGGUUGCUGAAGCUGGCGACGGACAAGUCGCAUGUAUCGCAGUAUGGAAUCGACCUAAGUGAAUUUUCCUCGUCAUUCAGCAAUUCGCUUGCAGGCCUGGGUAUGUUCUCUGAAGGCCAGUUUACAGCACUACGAGGCAAGGAGGAAGCAAUUUUCGAGCCUUAUAGGCGAGUCUGCCAUGGGCCAGGAUCACAGAUACCUAACAGCCGGUUGUUAUAUGCGGAACUACUCGAGCAGUAUACCAGGCUACAGUUGUUCAAUAGGUUGAACUAUGAAGCGUCUCAAAGGAUAUAUGCGAAGGCUGAGAAAGUUAACAAAUCAUUUCCAUUCAAAUGCCUUGAUGAGAUAUCCAGACUCAUUGAAGAGCAGCCUUCUCGUGAAAAGAAGUGUUUGGAAGAGAUGGAGAGGUUAAAAGUUCUAAUUGAUGAUAUAUCUUUAACUAAUGAAGAGUCUCGCUCUUCUGUUCAGAUUACCCGCUGUUUGAUACAUUUCUCAGACGAACAUCCCGAAGCCCUGCCAUAUCUCACUGCUAUUAACAAUAGCAUUGCUGCUGACCAAGCUUCCGAUCUGGGCGGUAUGUUUGGGAAACUAAAGUUCAUCUUUGGCACAUCCUCUAAACCUCUGAUCGAGGAACUGUUCUAUGAAUCUUUAGCAAUGUCAUUCAUAUUCAGUGCCUGGUCGUGCACAAAAACAUUGAUAGAGAGCAGCCCUGCAGAGUUAGGGUCCUGGGUUGAUCAUACCUGGCUAAACGGCCUCCUUAGGGCAAUUCAUCGGCCUCAUCUACAGAGCCUAAUUCGCAAGGGAAAUGCGUCAAUGAGUGAAAAUCAUAUCUCCCAUAAGCUGGGCACAGAACUUUUUAGACUCAUGCUUGACCUUGCUGGGAUCCAGGCCAAAGAUAUCCUACUUACCCCAGACGCUGCUGGGAUGUCUACCCUCCAUUAUAGCGCACAGUAUGGACUCCCAACGAUUUGCGAAUCUAUUAUCAAAGCUUUACAUUGUCAGGACAUCCCCCUUAAGCCAGCCAUUCUAGCCGCAGACGCUAUGGGUAUAACUCCGCUCCACUGGUCUGUUAUACAAGGGCACGUUCACAUUACACGGUUGUUUUUGGCUACGUUGGACGGAGACGGAGAUGAUAGUUUGAAUAAAACCCUCAGCCAUCUCCUACUUAUAGCUAUCAAAUACCAAUAUGACGAAAUUGUUCGCCUCCUAGCUUCUAGAUGCAUUAACAUGGACCAAAUCUCUAACAAUGGAGAAACUUGCUUACAUGUUGCCUGCCAAACCGGGCGUGAAGACUACAUUGACAUACUUUUGGAGGCAGCCUCCCGCUUAAAUGGGGACGUUGACGUCCAGGAAAUAGCAUACGGAUGGACACCGUUAAUCACGGCAAGUGUGAAGGGUUAUAUCCCAAUAGUUGAAGCUCUCCUGCGCGUUGGUGCGAAUGAACGGCUACUUGACUACCGAGGCUGGACGGCAAAGGAGCAUGCCGCAUUUAGGGGCCAUUUUGCAGUUGCUAAUAGGCUUGAGGUGGAUAAGCCGUUGAUAUCAGCCAUUGGACGACCUUAUACGGCAGCAUCGAACCAUAAAUUACAGGAUGGCACCACAUACCUCGUCGUCAACCUAGGGGUUGUUCAGAAACGGAGACAAGUCAAGCCACUCGAUUUAAAGCAUCUAUUACAAGAUCUGAGUCAAGAGCUAUUGAAUACGACACUCUCUUUGGAGAUCUCAACUUCUCCUAAGGGUGUAACUCAGAUACUAAGAGUGCCGCUAUUAGGCGAUUUAAUUGACGAUACGUUGUUAUUCCCUAUUGAUAACCUUUCAGAAGCCUAUAUUAUGUUCAAGUUGUUCAGAAAUACUUCGUUUUGCACGGGCGAUACACUUAUUGGCAGCGGCAUUGCUCUUCUCCGGAGCAGGGAUGAAGCGAAUUGCUCUCACCAUGAGAGCCUAGUCAGGGAGAGUACUGUACCAAUUUUGGCGAAGGAAACGAUGAAGCUACUGGGGACUAUUACAUUCACAUCCUUUAUUGCCACUCCAUUUUCGAGAUUAAAUACUCCUACUUCGAGUUUUGAAUAUUUGAAGCAACUACAGUCUACACAGCUAAUUGGACAUAGAGGCUCCGGACAGAAUACUGGUGACCGUGACUACCUCCAGCUAGGAGAGAAUACCAUCCAGGUAAUAUAUGGUUUCUAUAUUGAUGUGCAAUUAACGAGGGAUCUUGUGCCAGUGCUUUAUCAUGACUUAUCUUUGAGCGAGUCGGGCACUGAUAUUGCAAUUCACGAUCUAACUUUGAAACAAUUUAUACAUACUAGCACUAUGCAACUGUCACCAGGAGAUAGCUCCAAUGACUCUAGGUCUCGCUCGCGAUCAUUAUCCCGAAACCAAAGAGAACCAGUUAAUGAAGCUAGAGAAAGAAUGAAACACACAAUUUACUUUUCGAGCAAAGGGUUUAAACCUAAUACCCGCGGAGACUUUAUUCAAACGCCUCUUGCAACUUUGGAAGAAGCUCUGCGUGAAGUUCCCGAAGGUGUAGGGUUUGAUAUAGAGCUUAAAUAUCCCCGUAUCCAUGAAGCUUCCGCGAUUGAAAUUUCCCCCAUAGCCAUCGAUCUUAAUACAUUUGUCGACACAAUACUCAACUUGAUAUCUUCUUUUGCCGGCUCUCGCAAUAUAAUACUCUCAUCCUUCACCCCUGAAAUUUGCAUUUUGCUUGCAAUGAAGCAAAAGGCAUACCCUAUUUUCUUCAUCACCAAUGCGGGAAAGCUGCCGGUAGCAGAUCUAGAAGAGCGAGCUGGAAGUCUACAAGUUGCUGUCCGCUUUGCAACUCAAUGGGGUUUGGCUGGACUUGUUCUUGCUUCUGAUGUCCUUGUAAUGUGCCCGCAGCUAGUCGGCUAUGUAAAGGGGAAAGGUUUGGUGUGCGCUACCUACGGACCAUUAAACAAUGUUCCGGAGAGUGUGAAGGUACAAGCCAAAGCUGGAGUCGAUCUAAUUGUUGCUGAUAGGGUUGGAUUAAUAUCGAAGGCCCUGAAAUCUUUAGGUUAA